UGUCUUCUUCUCUUCCCCUCAACCAUGUAAAAAUAAAUGAAGUUCUGGCUCUACGAAAUGUCGGUGGUCAAACAUAAUCAUUUACAUGUACAUUCAUCAACUGGCAUUUACAUAUUCUACAUCGGUGGAGCUCUGGAUAUAAUCAUCCUCACUCAGGAAAGGACGCAUUUGAAGUCUUGGCUGGACGAAAAGGAAAGAACCAGAAAAAAAUGAGCCUUGUCAAAGGAAACACCAAUCUUAACACCUUAACAAGCACCGAAGGUCAAUCUUGGUGUGUGGCAACAAAGCUACAAAGCGACAUGAUAGUAGAGGUUGAUGGUGUGCUCUUUCAUCUUCAUAAGAAGUUCCCAUUACUGUCGAAGAGUGGUCGACUGAACAAGCUUGUAUUCGAAGCCCGAGACACGGAGAACGAGUACAUAAAGCUGGAGGAGUUCCCAGGAGGAGCAAAAUCAUUUGAAUUAGCAGCAAAGUUCUGUUAUGGAUCGAUUCCGCUUCACAUGAGUGCAUCCAAUGUGGCGGCGCUUCGGUGUGCGGCGGAGUAUCUGGAAAUGAGUGAGGAUUUGGGACAGGGGAACCUCAUCUCCCAAACAGAAGAGUUUCUGAGCUAUGUAGUAUUGGUCUCAUGGCUGGAUUCCAUCACCGUCCUUAGGAGCUGCGCCCACCUUUCUCCCUGGGCUGAAGAUCUGCACAUUGUGCAGCGAUGCGUGGAAUCCAUUGCAUGGAAAGCAAGCACAGAUCCCACUCUCAUUACGUGGUCAUUCACUAGUACUAUCAGUGCCCACCAGCAAUACACGCCCCAUACUCCUCUGAAAUGUAAACUAGAUCUCCAAGGGCAGGUUCCCAAUUCUAAAACCAUCCAAAGUGCAGAGGAAAUAUAUGUGAAUGAGAGCACCGAUUCGACAGAAAAUGGGCAAGCGGAAAUCGAGGAGCUUAGGUGGGAAUUGGGCAAUCUUAAGAGAUUUUGCGAGAGUAUAGAGCAGCAGUUGGGAAAUAUUCGGAGGCCCUCUGUGUGGAGGUUCCCUUGGAACAAACACAAAACAUCAUUCUGUGCACGCAGUAAUAAUGUGACACCGUUGACUAGUCCUCAUCCGGAAGGUCGAACAUGGAAUCCUGUGAAAUGGCGAAGGAAUUCAAUAUGAAUUGUUUUCUUCCAGGAUGCAUUCAUUCGUUUUCAUUUCGAGGGCAGGACAACUGAACCAAUAGGUUUACAUGCAAAGCAUCCAUAGAUUGUACUUAUAUAUUGUAUGGAAAGUAGGUGCGUUAUGGUAGACAUAUAGAUUGACCUAUGUGAAGAAAAGGGAAAAAUUUAAUAACCCUAGGUUUUUUUUUAACUCAGAUUUAUUCUAGUAGAGUUGGAAAGAGGUAUUUAGGUCUUUCACAAUUGGUUUCAAGCGUUAUGGUAGACAUAUAGAUUGUACCUAUGUGAAGAAAAGGGAAAAAUUUAAUAACCCUAGGUUUUUUUUUAACUCAGAUUUAUUCUAGUAGAGUUGGAAAGAGGUAUUUAGGUCUUUCACAAUUGGUUUUUAUAGGUUUGAAGGAAAGUGUCAUCAUGGUGGUUGUGUACAAACUCAUCAAAUAUUUGUAUUUUGUGCUGUGACAAGUAGCCUUUAUAAAUAUCAUU